GUUGACUUGGAGUCAACUUCUAGCUUAGAGUUUUGAUAAAUAUAUUGUUUUCUUCAUUUAUCGUAAACAAUUUUAAAUCAGAUUUCUUUCUGAGAAUCUGUACCCUUGGCGUUCUUGUAUUGGUUCAACGUAGGUGAUUGUCGACGAGUAGUUAUGGCUGAAGGAUUUGUGUCGUUUGGAGUUGAGAAGCUUUGGGAUCUCCUGAGUAGAGAAUCAGAGCGAUUGCAGGGACUUGAUGACCAAGUUGAUGGACUAAAGCGUCAGCUGACAAGGUUACAGUCGUUGUUGAAAGAUGCAGAUGCCAAGAAACAUGGAAGUGAAAGGGUGAGGAACUUCUUGGAAGAUGUCAAAGACCUUGUUUAUGAUGCUGAGGAUAUACUUGAAUCCUAUGUUCUGAACAAAAGUAGAGGUAAAGAAAAAGGAAUCAAGAAGCAUGUGAGAAGACUUGCUUGCUUCUUAACGGAUCGCCGCAAAGUUGCUUCAGAUAUCGAAGGAAUCACUAAGAGGAUCUCUGAGGUGAUUGGGGAUAUGCAGAGUUUAGGGAUACAACAGGUCAUUGAUGGUGGUCGUUCGAUGUCUCUUCAGGACAGACAAAGGGAGCAGAGGGAGAUCCGACAAACCUACGCUAACAGUCCUGAACACGAUCUUGUUGGGGUGGAGCAGAGUGUUGAAGAAUUGGUUGGUCAUUUGGUGGAGAAUGAUAAACAUCAAGUGGUUUCUAUAUCUGGGAUGGGCGGUAUUGGUAAAAGCACUCUGGCCAGACAAGUUUUUCAUCAUGACAUAGUCCGACGUCAUUUUGAUGGAUUCGCAUGGGUCUGUGUUUCGCAACAGUUUACACAGAAACAUGUUUGGCAGAGGAUCUUGCAAGAACUUCAGCCACACGAUGGUGAGAUAUUGCAGAUGGACGAAUAUGCACUCCAGGGUAAACUCUUUCAGUUGUUGCAAACCGGUAGAUAUUUGGUUGUCCUCGAUGAUGUAUGGAAAAAAGAAGACUGGGAUCGAAUAAAAGCAGUGUUUCCGCAGCAAAGAGGUUGGAAGAUGCUGCUUACUUCUCGGAAUGAAGGUGUUGGGAUACAUGUGGAUCCAACAUGUUUUACUUUUAAAGCAAGAAUCCUGAAUCCUAAUGAAAGUUGGAAGCUCUGUGAGAGAAUAGUAUUCUCUAGGAGAGAUGAAACUGCUUGUGAUAUUGUGCAGAAAUAAGGCUUGGUGAAGAAAUGGAAGCCAUGGGAAAGGAAAUGGUCAAACAUUGUGGAGGACUACCAUUAGCUGUUAAAGUGUUGGGAGGCU